CAAAUUGCACGACCAAUCAUAGCCGUCCAUCAAUCCAAAUCCCCGCAGCCAAAACCCUAAAAAAUACCCCUCCAUAUCUCCCUCUUUUCGUUUCCGCAGGCAACCCCCACACAUAAGCGCAAAGGCAUCUCAGCAAUGGCGGCACCGGUGGAGUCCGUACAGUGUUUCGGCCGCAAGAAGACCGCGGUGGCAGUGACCUACUGCAAGCGAGGGCGUGGCCUCAUCAAGAUCAAUGGCUGCCCGAUCGAGCUCGUGGAGCCUGAGAUCCUCCGGUUCAAGGCCUACGAGCCUAUCCUCCUCCUCGGACGACACCGCUUUGCCGGGGUAGACAUGCGCAUCCGUGUCAAGGGCGGAGGCCACACCUCCCAGAUCUACGCCAUCCGCCAAAGCAUCGCCAAGGCCCUCGUCGCCUUCUACCAGAAGUAUGUCGACGAGCAGAGCAAGAAGGAGAUCAAGGACAUCCUCGUCCGCUACGACCGAACCCUUCUCGUUGCUGACCCCAGACGCUGCGAGCCCAAGAAGUUCGGUGGUCGUGGCGCCAGGGCUAGGUUCCAGAAGUCCUACCGUUGAGACGGUUUUUCUACUUGGACUAAGUUCUACAUGCUUUGCUUUGAUACACCAGUCUAUUUAUGUCGUCUUGACUUCUUUUGAAUUUUGUACUUUUAGAAAGGCUAUGGGUUCAAAACUCCGGCAUGGAUUUUGGAUUGGAAUUUUUACGUAUUCGGCAUACUUUGUUUAAGAAAUUACCAAUAUUUUGUUACUUUGUGAUGAAUUAGUUGGUUUGAUAAAUGUAUUGCCAAUAAUUUAGCUUUUUGUUA